AUGCACUGGGGCAUCGACUGCAAAGCCUUCCGUUUUGGUUCUGGACAUGAAGCCCUUUGCUUCCCAGCGCAAUGGACAGCACCGGUGAAUCAGUUUCACUACAUGUUCUGCCAUGAAGACAUUAAGGACAGUGAAGGCAUUUUCCUCCACACAUCGAACCUGUCUCUGGAUGAUCUUGGCCUCAUGCAAAUUCUCUACCAGUUUGGAUACUGCAGAGCGGCCAUCCUUGACAAGGAGGAGAUAUUACCCCAAGUUUUUCGAGUUCUUUUCCUGGAUGUUGUCCAACAACCUACGACAGAGCCAGGACGAAUCAAGAAGCCUCUGCCAUGGCCAGCACCAUCCCACCAUGGACGGCUCAAUCGACCAUUCUUUGACCCUGGCCGACAUCUUGAAGGAGACAAAGACUUCCUUAUCAGGCUUGGCAUCACCAUGAUUGACAUUGAUGCGUUUUUCAAGUCUGGGGAUGAUAUUCUAUGCAGAGAUCCGACUGGUCUUGAAUUGCCCGAAACCACCAAACAGGUCAUGCUGAUCAGCGACACUACUGACCUAGCCCUGUUUGAUCGCCUCAUCAUCUAUACAGAUGGAUCCUCAAUUCCGCUACACAGACAUCGUCCUGCAGCAUGGAACGAGGAGAAUGGGAAUGGCGACACCUGGGCCUAUGUGGUACUGGGUGAAAGAUUUGUGGACCAACAACAGGUGGUCGAAGUCAUUGGGUGGCUCACGCAUCCUGUGCGAUACGACCCCCAUUGCCCAUCCUUUCUUGGAUCCACCUACGUUGGAUCUCUCGGGGCUGAGCGUGAAGCCAUGACCUGGGCCGCCCUUUGGCGGCUUGCACAAAAUGUGGAUACGCCCACAUUGUUUCGGACUGAUUCAUGGACCACGGCAAUGCAAGCCCAGGGCCAAAUCGGCACUGCAGAUGUCGAAGCUUCCUUCACGAGCUUACGCAGCUGUUUCCAGGCACUUGAAGUUGCUCUACCAAAUCGGCUGCAAGUCGAGCAUACACCUGGACAUUGUGGGGAUCCAUACAACGACUUCGCUGACUGGCUUGCCAGAGAAGAACGAUCUCGCAGCUUUUAUGGCAAACGACAAGCGAUCUCUUUGGAUUUAUGGCGACCCUUUCUGCCCUACAUGUGGAUGCUCUUCAGCCAAACAGAUGGACUUCCAUCCUGGAGCUCUCAAGGUUUCCAUGUUCCUCCUCCUCAGCUACCUUCUCCACUUGCCACACCGGUAUGUGAGGAGACCACGCUCAUUUCGGACCUGGCUGCCAAGAUCGACAUCAGUCUGGCAAGCGCGAACAUCGGUUCAAUGUACAACGGAGAAUGGGGACAUGCCGGCAAACUUGAUUAUCUGCGAACUCAAUUCAAGCUGCUGUGUCUCAAUUUCCUAGGCCUGCAGGAAGCUCGCACGCCAGAGCUCUUUUCCAGAACUGACCGGAUCCUUCGGUUUGCCAGUGGAGCACAUCAUGGACACCACAGCAUCGAACUCUGGGUCAAUUUGGAACAAGCUUAUGCAGUGACUGAUGAUGGGCCAAUUUUCUUUGCACCACACCAUUUCGUUGUUGUACACAAAGACCAUCGCUGCUUGCUUGUUCAUGUGGUCACGGAGUGGGUCGAUUUCUGGAUCCUUGUAGCACACGCACCACAGAGCGGAGUACCUCUCUCAGAACGACAAAUGUGGUGGGAUCAUUUGAUGCAGAUUACUGCAGCUUGUCCACAGACGGCUCGCCUUUUUGCCCUCUUGGAUGCAAAUGCGGGUCCAGGGUCUGCGGACCAUGUCUCAGUAUUUCGCACCAUUGGUGGUCAUACUUCGAGUACCCCGUUGCUGAGAACAUUCUUGCAGGAAGGGAAUCUUUGCCUACCCUGCACAUCAUCCUGCCAUGAGGGAACACACACCACAUGGAUCACUCCCGAUGGACUCUCUGAACACAUGAUCGACUACAUCGCGAUCCCCCAAAACUGCUUGAGUAAUUGUUCGAUCAGCAGAGUCCUUGACGAGUUUGACUUGGGCAACAGCCACCAUGACCACUCAGCCAUUGCUCUUCAACUUCAAUGGCAAGAACUACGCCAAUCACACAGUGCAAAGAAAGACAGCUCCAAACCCCACAUUGACUUCAGCAUUGUGCAGAACAGCCAUGUGGAGCAAGCCCUAGGCGACUAUGUAGUGCCUGCUUGGACGGAGAACAUUGAAGAUCAGGUUUCUCAAUUCAAUGGUCAUCUUCUGGCCCGGCUGCAGAACCUGUGCCCUCAUGCCAAGCACAGACCCAAGAAGCCAUGUAUUGAUGAAGCCACCUGGAAUCUUCGCACUCAGAAGCUCAUUGCCAGGCGAGGGCUCAGACAGCUAGCCCGCCAUCAUCGACUUGAGCUUCUACGGGCAUGUUUUCAAUCCUGGACUUCACAGCCGGGCUAUGACAAGGAUCGCUUUUGGCAUUAUGGUCGCUGGCUUCAGUGUGCGAAUGUCAAGCUUUUGGCAAGGCAUCACACGUCGGCUGCACAACUUAAGGCAAAGCUGCGUGCAAGGAAGACAGCCUAUCUCAAACAAGCCUUUGAGAACCUGCCUACAGAUGCACCUGCUUCCUCAAUUCUUCAUGAACUCAAGAAGAUUGUUGGCUCGACCAACCUGAAGGCUAUCAAGCAGCAGACCCUCCCAUUGAUCAAGGAUUCCACUGGGCAACCUUGUAUCUCUCCAUCCCAUGCUUUGGAUACCUGGAUUCAGUUUUUCCAGAACAUGGAAGGAGGUCGAAGAGUUGACAAACAAGAACAACAUCAACUUUGGGUACAGAACCUUAAGAAGUUCCAGGCGACCUCUCUCGACCUGAAAAUCACGGAUGUUCCAUCCUUAGUCGAGCUUGAAGCUGCUUUUAGGCAUGUCAAGCCCCAGAAGGCCACGGGCCCCGACUUGAUCGAUGCCAAAAUUUGUGCGAGCUCUCCGACCAUCGUGGCGCGCAAGACCUACAGCCAAUUACUCAAGCUCUACACCCACGGCCAGGAAAGUCUCUUGCACAAGGGCGGCAGACUUCAACCCAUCUGGAAACAGAAAGGCCCCAGAGAUGCCUGUUCUGCAUACCGCAGCGUGCUCAUUUCAUCGCAUGUGGGCAAAUCUUUGCAUCGGUGCCUACUUUUGCACUCCGCUGAUGUUUUCGAGCACUAUUUGCAGCUGCAGCAGACAGGCGGCAUGCGAGGGAUCUCCGUCACACUUGGUGUCCAUCAGGCGAGGGCGUAUCUGAGAACACGCCUCAGUCAGCACCAGUGUGUCGGCCUUCUGUUCUUAGAUCUGACGGAAGCAUUUUAUCGCAUCGUUCGUCAACUUGCUCUUGGUGGCCUUCCGGAUGACGAAGCCAUUGCGGCCGUUGGGAACCGCCUGCAGCUUGGGCCUGAUCUUCUUCAUGCUCUACACCAACAUCUGGAUGAUCGACCAGCUGUAGUGCAAGCGGGCCUUUCCCCGCAACUCCAGAAAGUCCUUCAAGCGCUACACACGGACACACACUUUUAUGUGGGUGUCCAACAGGAUGCAUGCAGGACCACCCUUGGAACGAGACCGGGAGAUUGCUUUGCUGAUAUUGUUUUCUCCUUUCUUUGGGCCCGAUUGUUGCAUCGUUUGGAGCAGAUCAUGCAGGAGUCCAACAUCCUUGAUGGCUUUCCUGAUGAAGAAGGUUUGAGAAUUCCGGACGCUGAAGCAGCAGUCUGCGGCACCAAGUCAUUUUUAGGGCCCACUUGGAUGGAUGACACCUGCAUUGCCUUUGCGAAGGAUUCUCCUUCAUCCUUGGAGCGAGCAGCCGGACAAGUUCGUAGACGCCUCAGCAUCGCCCACGCAGCCUUCAAUCGUCAUAGACGACUUUUAUUCCAAAAUCGAUGUCUUGACCUCACUCGAAGGCGCGAGUUGUUCCGCACCCUGAUUCUGAGCAAGCUCCUUUACGGGGCAGAAUCCUGGACACUUCGGGAUGGUAAAGACAAACAUUAUCUGCACAGUGCCAUGAUGAGGUUGUACAACCGACUCCUACCUGUGCAGUCCAAACCAAGAAGCGAUGCCACCAUCAUGGCAGAAACAGGCCUCCCUGAUCCAGCAGUUCUCUUGAGGAUUUGCCGACUACGUCAUCUCGGCCAACUCUACAGAACCGGCAGAAGCACCUCCUGGGGGCUUUUCAAUGAUGAUCAAGCGUGGCAAGAUUUGAUUUGGAGUGACCUGUUUUGGAUGUGGCAGCAGCUGAAAAACUCUUCAAAGCUCCCGGACCCGAAACAAGGCUUUCAGCAAUGGGAGUACCUCAUGAAGCACCAUCCAGGCUUUUGGAAGCGAUUAAUUCGCCGUGCAGGAGACCACGAUGGUGGACAAAAGCGCAAUGAGCAUGUCGUGGCUGGUUUUCAUGGCGAGUUUUUGGAGACCCUGCAUUCCCAUGGACGCCUUUGGCAUGAUGCUCCCAGACCAGAAGCUGCCAGUGUUGAACAGGUGACAACCUGUCGCCAGACCUUGCAGGCCAAUCGUCUUCGCUGGCAACCUGCACCUGGUGCUGGCUCGCAAAUCAAUGCGAGCAUGGAAGCAACCCAUGAUGGCCUUCUUCCACCCUUGAAAGUACAUGGACCUUUGCCUGAGCUACCUCCAGGACGAGCCGAUGAGGACUUCGACCAGGACCUCUUGGAACAGAUCUUCCUGGACAUUUUGGACGCCAUGACCAUCGAAGAGUGCGAGAUGAUGAUUCGGAAUGCCACUCACGCGAGGGCUAUUUCCUGGUACACCUUUCAGGCGACCUUAACCAGAUUCUUGGACAUUUUCAUGGAAGAAGAUGCUGCUGUCCUUCAUGUCCCUGGAGAUUCACUACGAGGACUUCUUCAGAAGCUGAUGGAUUCCAAUGCCUGGCCAUUUCUGGCCGCCGAUGGUCGUGACAAGAACUCACCAUGGCAUCAAGAGAUUGAGAUCCAAGAGCAGCAUUGCCUUCGAGAAAUUGAGGAGCAACGCAAUAGAGUUACCAUCGGGAACGUCCUCAUGGGCUUUCAGCUUGUGGCUAUGGCAGCGCUGGCAUGCACUGGAGGCAUAGCUGUGGUUGAACACCCUGCAGAAUCUCCCAACCCAGAAGAGGCUUCUAUCUGGCGAACUCCCAUUAUGCAAUUGCUGCUCGCGCUUCCUGAAUGUGAGUCCUUCACACUUGCCCAAGGCUUGUGGGGAGCCCAAUCGUCGAAACCGACGACUUUGGGUGUGCUUAACGCACCCCAAUUAAAAUUGGAACUGCACAAGGGCCGCAUCACCACGGAGGUGCCCAAAGGCAGCUCAAUUGGGAAAGACACCUCAGGAAAUUGGGCUACUGCCCGCUUGAAGGAAUAUCCUCCUGGCCUUUGUCUUGCACUUGCCAGAGGUUUCCUCAAGGCGAUAGGUGAUCUCCCGGAAGACCCUGCUCAGCAGGUCUCCCUGCGAAACCGUGAAAUCUUUGGGCCUCUGGUCUGCACCAGCUACGGCCAUGCCUAUGGACCAGACUUCGCAGGUUGA